AUGGAUGGUGGGCUUCGACUACGAGGUCGGUUAUGUGUACCCUUGGAUGUCCAGUUGAGACGUGAGGUAUUAGAUGGAGCUCAUCGUAGUCGCUCCACUAUCCAUCCUGGAGCUACAAAAAUGUAUAAGGAUUUGCGUAGACAUUUUUGGUGGAAAAGUAUGAAGCGAGAUAUUGCAGAAUAUGUUUCUAAAUGCCGAACAUGUCAACAAGUUAAGAUUGAGCACCAAAAGCCAGCUGGAGAAUUACAACCACUCCCAAUCUUAGUGGUUAAGGAUUGUCUUCGUAAAGCUCAGAGUAGACAGAAAAUUUAUGCAGAUAGGAAGCGUCGACCAUUACCUCUUGAAGUAGGAGAUGAGGUAUUACUCAAGGUGUCUGCUAUGAAAGGAGUAAUGAGGUUUGGGAAGAAAGGUAAAUUGGCUCCUAGAUUUAUUGGACCUUUUCCUAUAACUAAGAAGAUUGGAAAUGUGGCAUACCAGUUGGAGUUACCACCACAGUUAUCUUGUGUCCACAACGUAUUUCAUGUUUCUAUGCUACGUAGACACUUAAGAGAUGGGGAGCGAGCUCAAAAAGCAGACCUUAGUGAGUUGGUUGUGAAACCGGAUGCAUCCUAUGAAGAUGAGGGUAUUCGUAUUUUAGAACGAAAAGUUAGGCAACUACGGUCUCGAGCAAUUCCAUUUGUCAAAGUGCAAUGGAAUUCACAGGACGAGCGAGAAGCUUCGUGGGAGCGUGAGGAUGUUAUUCGUCAUUCUCACCCGCAACUUUUUAAUAACGUGAAAAUUUAUGCAGAUAGGAAGCGUCGACCAUUACCUCUUGAAGUCGGAGAUGAGGUAUUACUCAAGGUGUCUGCUGUGAAAGGAGUAAUGAGGUUUGAGAAGAAAGGUAAAUUGGCUCCUAGAUUUAUUGGACCUUUUCCUAUAACUAAGAAGAUUGGAAAUGUGGCAUACCAGUUGGAGUUACCACCGCAGUUAUCUUGUGUCCACAACGUAUUUCAUGUUUCUAUGCUACGUAGACACUUAAGAGAUGGGGAGCGAGCUCAAAAAGCAAACCUUAGUGAGUUAGUUGUGAAACCGGAUGCCACCUAUGAAGAUGAGGGUAUUCGUAUUUUAGAACGACAAGUUAGGCAACUAUGGUCUCGAGCAAUUCCAUUUGUCAAAGUGCAAUGGAAUUCACAGGACGAGCGAGAAGCUUUGUGGGAGCGUGAGGAUGUUAUUCGUCGUUCUCACCCGCAACUUUUUAAUAACGUGGUAAUUUUAAUUCCAGGGACGGAAUCCUUUUCUAGUGGGGUAGACUAUAAUAGCCAACCAUUUUGA